CCCACGCCCACGCCCACGCCCACAUACGCAUGCCGCCAUCGCCACACUGCACUCCUGCGCACACGGAGAGGAGAGACGGGACGAGGGGGAUGCCAGCAUGAGCCCGAAGCCGCUCUCGACCCAGCCAGACAGGGCCGCUUCCACUUCGACCGCUUCGUCGACGCCCGGCCGCCCCGCCCUGCCGCGCCUGCCACGCAGCGACGCACUCGACCAGCACCACGUCGCCGCCAACACGCUGCCAGACGACUCCGACGACGAUGGCGACGCCACGGCCUCCGACACGGACCUGAGCGAGCACGAGGGCAGCUACGACGCAGUGGGCGCGCUCCAGCCCGGCAUAUCGCCUGACGAGGCCGAAAUUGAGCGUCUGCGCAGCCUGCAGCUGAAGAUGUUGCAGAAGCAGCAGCGAGCGCGUUUGCUGGACAGCACCCCGGGAAGCCCCGCCGCCCGUCGCGUCUCGCCAAUCAAGGAGGAGCCCAUGGAUCUAAUGUCGCCUACGCUCGCGGAUGCCUUCAUCAGCCCGAGCCCGCUCCCCACGGCGCAGACGACGUCGACCGAGUCGACCGAGUCGGCCAAGACCAUCCGUGGAAGCAUGCCGCCCACGCCCGCCGCCCACCAGCCCCUCAGGACGCCGUCGUACCCCUUCCCCACCGUCCCAAACACGCCCAGAUGGUCCAAUGCCUUCCACCAGCCCUUCACCAGCCUGUCGCCCACCGUCUCUGCCAUCUACGGGAGAGACUUUUCAGCGCCACAAGACCGCAUCGCCUCGGAGAGCAGCACCCCCGCUGCCACGGCGACGCCCUUCUUGCCUGGCGACAGACACUUCUCCACUGCCGAGGGUGAAGACCCACGAUACCCCAGCCCUAAUCUCUACGACCUGGUCUUGACCCUGGGCGCUGAGCCUGGCCUGGCAGCAUGGUGGUCCGCCGUGACUGGCAUCAUGCGUGAUUACUACGGCGUAGAGAGAGCAACGCUCGCUGUGCCCGCAGACGCCUCAGACAUCGAGAACGUGCCGUGGGGCCAGAAGACAACCUGGACCUUGACUGCAGACAAUGGCAGUCCUGGAGCAACCAUGCACCAAGCCCAGGACGACGCACCUGAGCAGUUUCGACGCACUCGACAGGACGAGACUGCCGACAUGCCGCCCAUCGUGACGAUUCCCGCAAGGAGACCCAAACUCUUCUCGCAUCACUCUUUUGCCGGGCAUGAACGCCAGAAACAGGACACUUCUCCCGAAAGCCCGUUACCCAAUCUGUUCAUAAGGCCCAAAGGUCCACUCAGAGCAGUCAGCCAUGCACCUCAAAUGGGCGUGAGGCCAGAACAUCCACUGAGACAAGUCUCCCAAGCAUCUUUCGACGGCACAUCACACCCAUUCUUCGGCCCUGCCUCGGUCAGGCAAGCCUCAUUCAGCGAUCCCGAAUUUUCGAGUAUCGGAGGAGAGCCAUCGCCGCCAACUGCCGUGUUCAACGUACUCCGCGCUCUCGACCACGAACCGGAUGCUCUGAUAGACAACACAGGCAUCACCCGUGUUCUCGAGAGGGGGCGCCUGGUGACGUUGACGAGGGAUUACUCGACUUCAGUAUCCACGCCCAGAGACGGUCCUCCUGAGAAAGACAGGUCGGAUUCGUCCAAAUCAUCGACAUCGCAAAGCAGCACAGCGGGUUCGGAAACAUUGAAGACGGCGGCUGCUCGCGGACGUACUGGCCUUGCGCCCCGCUCCGGUACUGUGGACCAAAGUGACUUGAGACUGCAACCUCGGUACGAAGAGUAUGAACAAUACCCAAGCUCACCUUGGGCACAGUCGCCUGCCCCCUCUCCUGCUAUACAGAAUGAUCCAGACGACAAUCCAUUCUUUGCUACGGGCCGAGUGGACGAAGACACAUUCAACCCGUCUCGUUCUCCACAGGAUUACACUCAAUAUGGCGUGGUGGAGGCCAUUGGUGUAGACAAGGCUAGCACUGUUACACAUAUCCCAUUCAUACAUCCCACAUUGUCGCAAGUGAUGCAGCCUACAGACGCGCCAACUCCUUCUCAGACACCGUCUCUAUCAAGGGGAUAUUCCGAACAUUCGGCUCAGACUGUUUCUUCGAAUAGAGACAACUUUGUGCGCAAGGCGCCAAUAGCAAUUCUUUCCACAUUGUCGCCUGUCGUUCCAUAUCCAAGAAACCUAACCAAUUCUCUGAAGCAUCUGGGACCUCAUCUGGCAACCUCAUUUUCCAAUGCGUGGCAGUUCACAAAUGCCCAGGUGCAAAUUACUGCGGCCGGUCGUCGUCGGAGCUUGAUAGGCGCAUCUGGGGGUGGAACAUCAGUCACUGACCAGGCCAGUCUCGACGAUUUGCUUCGUCUUGACCUUCAUAACGUCACGACUUCCGCCGCUGGAAGUGUCACCAGCCCUUCAGACUACUCUAGUCGUUCAAGAUACAGCCCUGGCGGAUCCAUCACUGGCACACCUGGCUGGGACUCUACCUCUUUAGCCUUUGCUAGCAAACCUUCUAUUGGAAGUACACCUGGCCAUUUUCCUGGCAGCGAAGCUGUUGAGAGCUACUUCGAUUCUAGGAAAAAGGCUGUUCGAGUCCCAAAUCAACCCGUUCCCGUUCCCACUCCCCAAGACCAACCUGUCCGGAAAGCUGAGAGACGGCAUUCGAAGCGAGUCAGCGUGAGCAUGGUAGCUGAACACAACGAGGAGGAUGUAAUCACGCCCAAGAAUGAGAAGGUGCCGCAGAACGAAAUGUCUCAUGCUCAGACACCAGGUACUCAAAAUCGAACGCACUCUCUUCUGCAUUCAUAUGGCGCCGACUUCAGCUCGUCGUUCCAAUCGUUACCAUCAGCAACAACCCCAGGUCUACGAGCGCCUGUUUCCCAUGAGCGCACACGAAGAGGCUCGAUCACAGAAACGUUGGAGAUGCCACCCCCGUCUGAAAGUCUUCUGCGAACCAUCAUCGACUCAUUGCCGGUGCAGAUUUUUACGGCAGCGCCAGGUACCGGUGCUAUUACAUGGGUGAACUCGAAGUUUUUGAUCUAUCGCGGACAAGAUAGCCGACAGGUACUGCAAGAUCCCUGGGAUUCGAUCCAUCCGGAGGAUCGAGAAUCAUAUCUGGAGCAGUGGAACAAAUGUCUGCGUACGGGUCAACAACUUCAGAAAAAGGUUCGAUUGCAACGGUUUGAUCAAUCCUAUCGAUGGUUUUACAUUCGUGUUGCACCAUUGAAGAACAAAAGACAACAGAUCGUCCAUUGGAUUGGAACCAACAUGGACUUUCACGAACAGCACCAGGCGGAACUCAAUGCUGCUCGACAACAAGAAACUGCUGCUUCAGAGGCAAAGUAUAGAGCGCUGGCGAAUUCAAGUCCACAGAUUGUUUUCGUUGUUUCCAAUCGAAGGGGGCUGACUUUCUGCAACUCGCAAUGGAUCACAUUCUCUGGCCAAGCAGAGACCUCCGCCCUUGGGAAUGGCUUUUUGGAGCAUGUUCAUCCUGAAGAUGUGAUCAAAUGCAAACUGCCGCUGAUGGAUGAAGAUGGUGCUGCCAAUGUUCCAACUUCGAUGCCUGCAGACAAUGCGUCACAGGACACAAACGCUUCUGACUGUUCAUCGGAAACCGAGAGAGGAGUCACAAGCCCAGGACCCUCGCCCGAUAGAAUGGACUUGCCACAAGCAAAGCUGUCAAAACUGGCAAGUACUGGAAUUCUCAAGAUCACCAAGGACGCCCAUGGCCGAUCGUCUUACUCCACUGAGGUCAGACUUCGCAACAAGGACGGCGAAUACAGAUGGCACCUUGUCCGAAUCCUGCUCGAAAAUUCUCUGGCCGAGGACGGCGAUGAGGAAGCUUGGUAUGGUACUGCCACCGACAUUAACGACCACAAGUUGCUUGAGCAUACUCUGAAAGAGACCAUGGAUGCCAAAUCCCGAUUUUUGAGUAACAUGUCUCACGAGAUUCGAACGCCUCUCAACGGUAUAUCGGGAAUGGUCAAUUUUCUCCUAGACAGCAUCCUCAACGCCGAACAGCUUGAACAUGUCAAUAUUAUCAAAGCCAGUACUGAUAGCCUGCUCAAUCUCAUCAAUGACAUCCUCGAUUUGUCGAAGGUAGAGGCUGGAAUGAUUAAAUUGUCAAUGGAAUGGCUCCACCUGCCAUCACUUCUCGAGGAGGUGAAUGAUCUGAACAUGGGCCUAGCGAUUCAAAAGGGUCUUGAGCUCAAUUACGUCGUUGAUGAGGGGGUGCCGUCGAUGGUCAAAGGAGACAAGUUUCGCAUUCGCCAAGUGCUUCUCAACGUUGUCGGCAAUGCGAUAAAGUUCACUGCAAAGGGUGAAAUAUUUGUCCGAUGCAGACUGCAAUCGUCAGAGCGUUCGGGGUCACUGAAAGACAACGAGACCAUGGUACGAUUCGAAGUAAUCGACACAGGGCGUGGUUUCACUGAAAACGAGGCGAAGUAUCUGUUCAAGCGGUUUAGUCAGAUUGACGCAAGCAGCACUAGACAGCAUGGCGGUACAGGUCUUGGGUUGGCCAUCUCGAUGCAGUUUGUUGAGCUGCAUGGUGGUAAGAUGGAUGCUCGAAGCGUGCCCAACAAAGGGUCGACAUUCUUUUUCACCAUCAAAUUUGGCCUUCCUACAGCGGAAGAUGCCCCGGAACCGCAGGUGUCGACACCAGGAACACCAGCUGUAGAUCUCCAAACUGCAGUUCCGCCGCUGUCUAUGCAAUCAUCGCCGUUGCAGAAGCCCUUCUUUCCGCAGAUUGCUGCCAAUAUGUUGAGACGCAUGUCUGGCAUCAUUUCGGAUCGCAACGAACUUGUUACAUCCCCAGCGCUAAGCACCACAGCUUCAGAACGUUCGCGAGACUCUCCAUCGCUCUCAUCUGGAAGCUCAGAAUACUCAUUAACAAGUGCCGCCCUCACCAGGAAGUCAAGUUUACGGUCAGAAAGAUCUUCCGCCUCUUCAUACAUACAGGAAACCAAUAUGCCCAUGGAUCCCAUCACUUUGGCACUCCCCCCCAAACGAGGUAGUAGUGGUUCUUCCCUCUCGCAUGAGUCAACUCAUACGGUUUCUUCCCCAAGCCCUCAUCCCAAUCCCUCUCUGCUUGGCAGCUCGCUUCAACCCCCAAUGUUCUCCAUUUUGGUUGUCUGCCCCCUGGUUCACAGUAGGGAAGCCACAAUCAGGCACAUCAAGAAUACACUUCCCGAGGGCAUACCACAUCAAAUCACGGGACAGGAAAGCAUAACCGAUGCGCAGAGAAUGAUUGGCGGCGAUAAUCCCGUGCUCUUUACCCAUGUCGUAUUGGUACUACACGAUACGGCCGAAGUGCAUGCAAUUAUGGAUCAGAUAUUCCAUUCAGUGAACUCUGGCAACACCUCUGUCGUGGUUGUAUCCGACCCGUCGCAGAAGAAGGAGCUCAUGAAGGAGGCCCCAGCCUAUGACUAUGAACAACUCCACACCGAUCGACGGCUUCAAUUCAUUUACCGCCCCCUCAAGCCGUCUAAGUUUGGCGUAAUCUUCGACCCGCAGAAGGAACGCGAGUUGAGUACAGAUCGUAACCAGGAUACGGCGCAACAGGUUGUCGUCAGCCAAAAGCUAGUCUUUGAGGAACUCAGAAAGAGAAUCGGUGGUAAGGGCCACAAAGUAUUGCUUGUGGAAGACAAUCACAUCAACCAGACCGUGAUCUUGAAGUUUCUCGCCAAAAUCGAUGUCGAAGUGGAAACAGUCAUGGAUGGCGCCCAGUGUACAGACAUUGUGUUCUCCAAGGAGCCAGGCUACUACUCCAUCAUCCUUUGCGAUCUACAUAUGCCAAACAAAGAUGGUUAUCAGGCUUGUAAGGAAAUCCGACAAUGGGAGAAGAAACAUAAUUACCGUCGGCACCCCAUCAUCGCCCUCUCCGCCAACGUCCUUGGCGACGUCUACUCAAAAUGCGCAGAAUGUGGCUUCAACUCGUAUGUCACGAAACCCGUCGCGUUCAAAGAACUCUCUCUCGUCCUGUUCAAAUUCGUGGACCCGCCUGAUCCCUCGAAACUACCUGAGUUCAUGAAGCCUCCGAAAUAAAGACGGCUAGGCCUACGCUACUCAUACUUCUCACACACUCUCUCUCUCCCUACGGACAAACUCAUUUUCGGACAGGAUGCAUUUGCGAAAAGGCGCAUAUCCUGGGCGGAGAAGAUUGUUUUGUUGCUACGCUUCGUUGCGUUUCAAAGACGCGGGUUGAAUCAUAAUCUGUAUUUGGAACAAAAUUUCACGUUGUUUGAUGCACUAAUAAUUGCUUG